CUCUUUAAAACUUCGAAGAUCAAACCCUCUUUUCAGUCUCUCUCUUUGUUUUCUCCCCAAAACCUUCACUUUCUCUCUCUAGGGUUUCGAAUUCCACUACUUUCAUCAUGUCGUUGAGGCCGAGCGCGAGGACUGAGGUCCGCCGGAACCGAUAUAAGGUCGCCGUCGACGCCGAGGAGGGUCGAAGGCGCCGUGAGGACAACAUGGUGGAGAUCAGGAAGAAUCGCAGAGAAGAGAGCCUUCAGAAGAAGCGCCGUGAGGGACUUCAGCCUCAGCAAUUGCAGACUUCCAUUCCAACGUUAGCUGUCGAGAAGAAGCUAGAACAUCUACCUUCCAUGGUAGCGGGUGUUUGGUCAGACUCAGAUGAUGGGAAUCUGCAGCUUGAGUCCACUACUCAGUUUAGGAAGCUUCUUUCUAUUGAGCGAAGUCCUCCAAUCGAGGAAGUCAUACAAUCUGGUGUUGUUCCUCGUUUUGUUGAAUUUCUGAUGAGGGAGGACUUUCCGCAGCUACAGUUUGAAGCAGCUUGGGCUCUCACAAAUAUUGCUUCUGGGACUUCUGAGAACACAAAGGUUGUAAUUGAUCAUGGAGCUGUCCCUAUAUUUGUAAAACUUCUUGGCUCUCCAAGUGAUGACGUCCGUGAACAGGCUGUUUGGGCCUUGGGAAAUGUUGCUGGUGAUUCCCCAAGAUGUCGUGAUCUGGUACUUGGUAAUGGGGCCCUGCUUCCUUUGUUGGCACAGUUAAAUGAGCAUGCUAAGCUCUCUAUGCUUAGAAAUGCGACAUGGACUCUUUCAAAUUUUUGUAGGGGCAAGCCACAACCUCCGUUUGAUCAGGUUAAGCCUGCUCUUCCAGCUCUUGCCCGCCUUAUCCAUUCAAAUGAUGAGGAAGUUUUGACAGAUGCUUGUUGGGCACUUUCUUACCUUUCUGAUGGGACAAAUGAUAAAAUUCAAGCAGUUAUUGAAGCCGGGGUGUGCCCCCGACUUGUUGAACUUUUACUUCACCCAUCACCAUCUGUGCUCAUUCCUGCUCUUCGCACUGUUGGGAAUAUAGUCACUGGAGAUGAUUUGCAAACUCAGGUCAUCAUUAAUCAUCAAGCUCUUCCGUGUUUGCUGACUUUAUUGACAAACAAUUAUAAGAAGAGUAUCAAGAAAGAAGCCUGCUGGACUAUCUCAAACAUCACAGCUGGAAACAAGGAUCAGAUUCAGUGUGUAGUUGAGGCUGGUAUAAUUGCUCCCCUUGUUAAUCUGCUUCAAAAUGCUGAAUUUGAUAUUAAAAAAGAGGCUGCCUGGGCCAUCUCAAAUGCUACGUCUGGUGGUUCUCAUGACCAAAUAAAAUUCCUAGUAAAUCAAGGGUGUAUCAAACCAUUGUGUGAUCUUCUAAUCUGCCCUGAUCCUAGGAUUGUCACAGUGUGUUUGGAAGGGCUUGAAAACAUUUUGAAGGUUGGAGAAGCCGAAAAGAAUUUGGGUAAUACUGGAGGUGUUAAUCUUUAUGCUCAGCUGAUUGAUGAUGCUGAAGGAUUGGAGAAAAUUGAGAAUCUACAAAGUCACGACAAUACCGAGAUAUAUGAGAAGGCAGUAAAGAUCCUCGAAACGUAUUGGCUCGAGGAGGAGGAUGACACAAUGCCACCUGGUGACUCAUCUCAAUCUGGAUUCAACUUUGGAGGGAGUGAGGUUCCUGCUGUUCCUUCUGGUGGCUUCAACUUCAGCUGAAGUGGGUCGAAUCUCAAGAAUGGCUGGACCAAAGCUAUAGCAUGGGGACUUACUAUACGACAAACAUCUGCCACAAAGGAUUAAAGCCAGGGGGUUACUAUUUUUGGUGAGUCGUUUAUCCCCAAUGGCUGUUGUUGGGUUAUCACAUACAGCGGAUGUGGAGUCUUGCAUUUUUUCUAUCUCUUUUUAUUUUGUUUUUAGUUUUGAUAGAAAGUGUUGUAGCUAAAAGUGUUGCUUAUGAUGGUUCGUUACCAAGUCAUUUUGGCACUUUCCAGAGAGUCGUCUCCAUAAUUAUUUGCUUUGUAGUAGUAUGAGGAUACCCUUCCUAUCCGUUGUACGUUGUGUGGUGAUAAACUUAAAUUUUUUGGGGCUUCAGAGUCGUUAAUGAAUUUAAUCAUAUUGUCAGGGGAAUAGUCCACUGGCCCUGAUGUCAGAAGUUGUUUUUAAGAAAAAAUCCUUAUUAUGAAGAGAAAGAUUUAUUAUCUAUA